CCCCACCCCACCUCACUCUGCUGCCAGCUGUUUCUGGUUAGGCAGUUGGGCCUGCUGUGAAAGAGGAGGAGCAGGCAGGCUGGAGUUAUGGAGCGGCAGCUGGAGCUCGCUGCCCUCGGUCUGGGCCUCACAGGGUGGCUUUGUUCCAUUCUGACUCGCUGCCUGGCUCUGUGGAAGGUGAGCGGCACCCUGGACAACACCACAGCUACUCUGCCUGCCUACUGGGAUGGGGUGUGGCUGGAAUGGGAUCACUGGGACUUGGCCCACGAUGGCAGCCUGCACUGCUCCUUCUACCAGUCUCUCAUGUCUCUUUCUGGAAGUUUUCGGAUGUGGAGAGCUCUGAUCAUGGCAGCCAUCGGAGCUGGGGGUUUUGCUGCGGUGAUUGGAUCAGUGGGGGCAGUGUGGUUCCCUCUGCGUGGCCAGAUCAAAGUGUUUUCUGGUACUCUCUUUGUUGUGUCUGGGAUCCUACUGCUGAUCCCCACAGCCUGGACAUGCCAUCACACCAGUCAGCCACUGGAGGGUGUUGUGCUGCUGAGACGAGACUGGGGCCCCGCACUGUACCUUGGAUGGAUCUCCUUUGCUUUGAUGCUGGUCGGAGGGGUGUUUCUCACCACCAGAUGCCCCACUGGUGAGAGGCAGGUGCAGCAGCCUGGAGAGAGCAGGUACCCAAAUCUAGAGGAGGAGGCUAAUCACCCACUCAGCAGGAUCAACAGGACUACGUUCACAAACAGCCAGUAUGAACACAGAUCAGGGCCUAUCUGAGGGGACGUGUGUGUGUGAGUGGUUAAACUGGGUGAUCAUUAAUAUGUGAGAUGACUGUGGGUAGAUUUAACAGCAGAGGAAAACUUCUGUCUGCACUUGUUGAAUAAUGAUGCACUGGCUUAACUGAGCAUUUUGCUGUGUUUCUUCCAUCUCUAUUGAAGCUAACACGCUGUAUACAUUAGUACUGAUUUACAUUCUGGUGAUAAUUAUAAUAUUCAUCAUUGUGAUAUAAGGUUCCUUUGUCUUUGUAAGGCGUGAUAGACACUGUGUUUUUUUAUUUAUAAGGCCCUUGCUGGCUCUUUGCCUGCUUGCAUUACUUUGUCUUUAAAUGUGGGCCCCUGUGUUGCAGGUUGUUGAUUUUUAUGAGUUUGGAAAAUCCCGUUGAUCUCGUUGUGCACCUGCAACCUAGAAUAACAUGCAGAACAAUGUAAUGCUUACCUCAUUUCCAUACUUAGGGUAAUUAAACAUUUUAAUCUCAUUUUAUUACACUUCCAGUUGUAAUGGUCUUUGUUGAUUUGUUGCUUAAAAUUACUUUAAUUAAUGUUUUACUAAUUGGCUUUUUAUUACUUUUAUCAGCCUUUUUAUCUAGGCUUAUUAUCUGUGUUUCUUGGUGCCUAGGAUCUUGUGUUUAUAUAUUUAUUCAAUUCCACUCGGCUAGAUUGUAAAUGAGGUCUCUACCUCAGAGUCAGAGUUAAAACAAAAGGUUGAAUGAACAUUCAACUUAAUUUCCCCGAUUCAAUAGCACAGUAAAAUGAAACUGUUUGCUUUACUUGAUGCAGUUAUUGACACUAAACUGGCAUUAAGACAUUACAGUCAUCGUAUACAUUGUAAUGCCUUAAAUGUGAAUGUGUUAAUAUUGAUCUUCAAACUUAAUACUGUAUUGCACAUAUACAUUGCCCUACAUUAGAGUAAUGCAAUUUCAUAUUUGUUUUGUUGAGAGUGGCAAAAAUGUUUACAUCUGAGAUGAAUUCUUGUGCACAAAAGGACACUGUGGAAUAAAGCAAAUGAUUCAGAUAUA